UUUCCAGCCGUCUUGUGACGGGAACAUCAUGGCGUAGCGAUGUGGACCCACGGCUCCACUGGUGGUUACGAAGAAGUUUACGAACAAGUCACUCGACACUUUGGGGAUUUAGUGAAACUCUUUUACUAACGUCAACAGUGAAAUAUUUUGCCCGUUGUCCGGUUUCUUUUUUUUGUAGCAUCUGAAGAUGAUGGCGGAUGCCAGCGACAUGUUGGCAGCUGCUCUUGAGCAGAUGGAUGGCAUUAUCGCAGGAUCCAAGGCUCUUGACUACUCCAACGGGUUGUUUGACUGUCAGUCACCCAGCUCUCCUUUCAUGGGCAAUUUACGGGCUCUUCACCUUUUGGAAGACCUUCGAGGCAUUCUGGAGCUGCUGGACAAUGAUGGACGGAACAGUCUUCGUUGCCAGAUCCCUGACUCCACAGCUGAAAGUCUUGUCGAGUGGCUCCAGGGUCGCCUGUCCAAUGGGCAGCUCUCUGUGGGAGGGGGCGACCACUAUCAGGAGCGACUUACCCGACUUGAGAGUGAUAAGGAGUCCCUGGUGCUUCAGGUCAGUGUGCUAACGGAUCAGGUGGAUGCUCAGGGGGAAAAGAUUCGGGACCUCGAUUUGUGUUUGGAUGAACACAGGGAGAAGCUCAACACAACCGAAGAGAUGCUACAACAGGAACUUAUGUGCAGAACUGCGCUUGAGACCCAAAAGCUGGAGCUGGUAUCGGAAUUGUCGAACCUCAAGUUGAAAAUGAAUUCCUUACAGAAAGAUAGACUCGACUUUGAUGAACGAUUUCGGGACAGUGAGGAUUUAAUCCUGGAGAAUAAUGAACUGCGUUACAGAUUAACGGAGCUGGAGAGUGAAAAGCAACAGUAUGAAAAGAAACUGAAAACAACAAAGUCUUUAAUGGCCAAACUUUCUAGCCAGAAAAUCAAAAUGGGCCAGAUGCAGUAUGAGAAACAGAAGAAGGAGCACAAACUGCAGGCUCUGAAGGAGGAGCUCGUCAUACUGAGAAGGCAGCUGGAGGGCAAAGACGGAGAGAAGGGCAGACUACAAGAUGAGUCAGGCUUCAAAGCCAUCGCCUCAAACAGUGCAGAUCCGACAGAAAAAGAUGAAACUCUUAGAAAGAGGCUGAAAGAAAAACAUGUGGAAGUACAGCGGAUGAAGAAAGCAGUUGAAUCAUUGAUGGAGGCCAAUGAGCAGAAGGACCAUAAGAUUGAGGAACUGAAGCAGUCAUUGAUGAGGUACAAGAAAGUUCAGGACAUGGUGAUGUCAGUGCAAGGGAAAAAAGAGAAUCCCAAUGGUUUUGUGCAUGUGGCGUCUCAUGCUGAUGGUUCGGCACCAUGCUUGUCGACCAACCAUUUGUCUAUCGACACAAAUGGACUUGCAGAUAAUGAAGUGCAAAGGAAGAACACAGAUGAGCUGGAGAUCCUCGAUGGGCUGUGUGACAAUGGUUCACCCUCAUCUAGCCCUUCUGAUCCCGACCAGGUCACAGAGUCUGCAGCUACAGAUGUAGAUGGCGGCCAAGAUACAAACCAGUCCAUCAGCCACGAACUUGUAGAAAGGAGCAAAAAUGAGAAGAAUACACUCGUUGACAUCAUUCAAACUGCUGAGAAGCCACCAUUGAGUACUGCUGCAGCCUCGCUCACCACCACAGAGGACGACAGCUUUGGGUCCAAAAAGGCCCGUUCAUCUUUUGGGAAGGGCUUCUUCAAGCUGCGCGGAGGCAGGAAAAAUGGCAGCUCCCAGAAUCUUGACCGCAGCCGCAGUGCAAGCGCGCCUAUGCUAGCUGAAACUGAACACAAAGGCACCGAUCACCUAGACUUGGCCGGGCUGCCUCAGAGGUCGGCGAACAGUGACAGCACUCAUACACUCCCCACCACCACAGAAGGCAAGAAGAAGUCUAAAGGAAUUAAGAAACUAUUCGGCAAGCUUAAGAGAAGUCAGUCCACAACAUUUAACUUGGAUGACAACCCGCCGGUUGGAGAUUUUAAGAGGGGGGGAGUGCGAGCCACAGCUGGACCACGACUGGGUUGGUCUCGUGAUUUCCAGCGAGUCAACAAUGAUGUGGAUGCUCCCUUCGCUCGCUGGUCAAAGGACCAAGUGUGUGAGUGGCUGCAAGAGCAAGGUCUUGGGCUUUAUGCGAACAUGGCACGUGUGUGGAUCUCUUCUGGACAGACCUUGCUUCAGGCGUCUCAACAGGAUCUGGAGAGGGAGCUGGGCAUCAAACACCCGCUCCACCGGAAGAAGCUGCAGCUGGCUCUGCAGGCUUUUGGCUCAGAGGAAGAGGACAACAAGGGAAAGCUGGACUACAACUGGGUGACCAGGUGGCUGGACGACAUUGGGCUGCCACAGUAUAAGACUCAGUUUGAUGAGGGACGGGUAGAUGGUCGCAUGCUGCACUACAUGACUGUGGAUGACCUGCUUUCGAUGAAGGUGGGGAGCGUCCUCCACCACCUCAGUAUCAAGAGAGCCAUCCAAGUGUUGCGACUCAACAACUAUGAGCCCAACUGCUUGCGCCGCAGACCGUCUGAUGAGAACAAUAUUUCCCCUGCAGAGAUUUCCCAGUGGACCAACCACAGAGUCAUGGAGUGGCUGCGCUCCGCCGAUCUUGCCGAAUACGCUCCCAACCUGAGAGGCAGCGGCGUGCACGGAGGCUUGAUGGUGCUGGAGCCAAGGUUUAACGUGGAGACCAUGGCGCUGCUGUUGAACAUCCCCCCCAACAAAACGCUGCUGCGUCGCCACUUGGCCACACAUUUCAACCUGCUCAUUGGUUCCGAGGCCCAACAGCUCAAACAGGAGUGUCUGGAAAACCCAGACUACACUCUGCUGACUGCCACCAACAAGGUCAAGCCGCGAAAACUGUCAUUUGGUAACUUCGGGAGUCUGAGGAAGAAAAGGCAGGAAGAGAACGAGGAGUACGUGUGUCCCAUGGACGUGGAGAUGCCGAAGGGACGAAGUUUUCAAACAGGCUUUGAGCUCCAGAUCUACGAGGACGACCUCGAUAGGCUGGACCAGAUGGACGACUCCGAGGGAACUGUCAGACAAAUCGGUGCUUUCUCCGAGGGAAUCCAGAACCUUACGAGUAUGCUAAAAGAAGACGAAUUCUUCAAGGAGAUGUCGAACUCCCCGAACACCAGCGUGACGGAUGACGACUCCACUGCAUGAGACCAUGUGACCUGGUCCUGAUGUGAAUGAAAAACAGAAAAAAAACCCUCCACGCACACUCUUUGCUCACUAGUUGUUUGUUAGCAUUGCAUUCAAGGAUGAGCCCCAUCUUUCUUCAUCAAGCUAGUGUUAUUCGCUUAGUCACGUCUCCUUUGCUGCCAAAAGGAGGGAGGAAACAUUUAGGACAAUGCCACUGCCUGCCAGCUGGUUUCUGGAAAUAUUUUCGACUAAGUUAUGUGCUGGCAUUUUUUUUUCUUUUCUUUUGUUUUGUUAUCAAAUUCAAAGUGGAGAAUACACGAUGCCAAUAGAGAUGGAAUAUCUUUUAAAUGAGCUCCUUGGAGUAGAGUCGGUGACCAAUGAACUUCAUUGACCAGGGGAGAUAAACUUAUAUUUCUAAAUGAGAGCUGCUACGUUUUCUACAAAAAAGUACCUUUCUAGUUCAAAGUAAGUUGUCGUAUAUUUUAUAUUACACUGAACUUUUCAAGAAUAAUAUACGGCACGCAUUUGCGCCAAUACAUGAAACAGUACAAGCCAAAUAGAUAGUGAGCUGAUACAUUAAUAUAGAUCAUUGCUGCAUUGUUUUCCCCACAUUUGUUCUUACUUCUUAUGUUGGUUAAUAGAAAUCUGUCUCAUUAUCUUUUCUGCUUCAAGUAGCUGUCAUAUUCAGUAGUAACCAUAGAGUGCACCCACUGACCUGCCAGAGAUGGAUAACCGCUAUUUCUAAUUCAAAGCUCAAUAAAGUAAUUUAAAUCACA